AUGAUUGUCAUAGUACUACUUCUAAUUUCUGCCUGUCCAGCAUAUAGUUUUCCUCAUAUAACUAUAUUUGGUGAUGUGUUUUUGAAUAAGGAGUUUUUCACAAACACCUUACCAUGGAUAGUGGACAACAUAGGUGGUGAUCUGAGCAUACAAUUCUAUAUGUUGGGCAGCGGUAGACAUACUAUACCGCAAAUGUGUGCGUUGGAACAAUUAGUUCACAAUGCGUUUUUGCAAGCUCAAUACUUGAAGUGCGAAGCGGAGGGCCACCCAAACUCCUACUGCCUCUGCGAAGCGGGCAUCGACAGUGAGAAUUUCAAGCAUUGCGUUCGAGGCGGCGGCAGUUUAGCGAGCCAAGCUAACGCUCAAUACGCUCGCUUGAAACUCGACGCACUUCCAUUAGUCGAAGUCGGUUACAAAGACACCGUUUUCGAAGUAGCCGACAGCUGGUAUCUCAAGAAAAUUUGCACGUUGUACCUGGAAGACCUGCCUUUGGGCUGUGUCAAACCGUUCUCGUGUAACUCCACUGAAAUUUGGAAUUCUAGACCUGGUAUCGCUCAGAUGGACAGGGAAUGCAAAAUGCUGGAUUGUUCUGAAUCGGGAACUACAACACAAUGGUAUCCAAACUAA